AUGGUUUGGGGUUGCAAACCUAAGCCAUGCUGGGGGGUUCCGCGUGGUGAGCUUGAGUUCAAGGGUGCUUUCGAUGAUGCUUCUAAUAAUCUUAUUAGAGCCGGAGGGAAGUUUGCUGCGUUGAUUCAACUUUAUGACGGGGCGCUCAAGGGUGCUCGGAGCGGAGUUGAUCAAAUUAAAGCCGAUUUGUUUGAUAACUUUGAUGGUGAUGCGGCUGCAGUUAGGUUUCGAGAAGAAAAGAUUGCUUUUGAAAAGAAGAUAGAAGCUCUCAAAGGUGAGGUUGCGAAGGUGUCUAGCCUUGAGGUUGAAAAUAAUCAGCUUCGGGACAAAAUUACGCAACUGGAGGAUAAAGCCUGUCGGGACAUGGAAAACUCGAUUGCCGAGAUGGCUCGUCUUCGCAAGUCCCGGAAGAAGUGGGCUGAGUUGACGGCUGCUCAAGUGUACGAAUCAAUGCAUAAUUGGUAUACUCCGAGGUUGGACCGUAUAGGUAGAUACGUCAGUCAGCGGGAUGCAGUGGAGAAGGCGGUGAUUAGGAUUCAAGUCGACGAGGCUCUUCUUUCCUAUGUCAGGAAAAUAAAGGGGGUCGAGCAGGACUUUGAUGCGGUGGAGAAGAUGCUUGCGGCCCGGUUGCGGGAGAGUAAGGCCGGGAGAUUUGGUUGA